CUCGGUUCUGCUCCGUCUCCCCAGGCUGUUUGCAGGUCUGGCGGGGGGCCGGGCGGAGGCGGCGGCGGCGGCGGCGGCGGUGGGCGAUGCCCGGGCGGCCCGCCCAGGUCCAUGUGGCACUCUAGGUGGGAUGCUGGCGUCCUGAAGGCCGAGGCCCUGGCCCUCCUCCCCUGCGGCCUGGGCAUGGCCUUCUCCCAGUCGCACGUGAUGGCCGCCCGGCGACACCAGCACAGCCGGCUCCUCGUGGAGGUGGACGAGUACAGCUCCAACCCCACCCAGGCCUUCACCUUCUACAACAUCAACCAGGGCCGCUUCCAGCCUCCGCACGUGCAGAUGGUGGACCCGGUGCCUCACGAUGCUCCCAAGCCGCCAGGCUACACCCGCUUCGUCUGUGUUUCCGACACCCACUCGAGGACGGACCCCAUCCAGAUGCCGUAUGGCGACGUGCUGAUCCACGCCGGCGACUUCACCGAGCUGGGGCUGCCGAGCGAGGUGAAGAAGUUCAACGAGUGGCUCGGUAGGUCCCGCCCACCCAGGCUGUGCGUGCCCCAGGACGAGAUAGGUUGUGCCUGCCAAGGUCCCGCCCGCCCGGGAUGUGAUAAGUUGCAUUUGCCCGGGGCUGGGUGUGGCCCAGGAAGCGAUAGGUCUUACCUGCCCUGGGCCGCCUGUGCCAGGAAGUGGUGGGUCCUGCCCACUGGUCCCGCCAACCCGGGCCACACGUGCCCCCGGGAAGUGAAUGGUCCCAGCUGCCAGGGCCCCGUGCAGGCUGCCCCUUCGGCCUGGCGGUCUCUCCUCUCUGCCCACGAAGCCGUCUCUUGGGCCUUUGUCUGCACCUGCCUGAGGAGCCUUCCCCGGUCAGACCAGGACGUGACCCCUCUCUCCUGUCCCCCCGCCCCGGGCCCCAUCCCCCGCCCCGCACACCCUGGCACCGCCUGCUGCGGCCGUGACUGCCCGUUGGUGGGAGUGUAGGACCUGGGGCUUGGC